AUGCAAACUAUUUUUAUUUUAAUCAAGCUUUUAAUAUUAUUUUCUGUUUCUUCAUGGCUAAUAUUAUUUUCAAUAACACCUUCCUUCACUGGGAGACAAAAACAACAAAAACAAGAAAAAACAUUUCAUGAAAAUAAUAAUAAUAACAACAGCAAUAUUACCACCAAUAAGGAUAUUUGUUCUAUAUCCAGUAGAUCAAAUGAUUGUGGAUAUUUUGGUAUAACAGAAUUUGAAUGCGUGUCUAGAAAUUGUUGCUGGAGGCCAACAAACGAAGAAAAUGCUAAUUGGUGUUUUUAUAAGGAUGCAAGUCAUUACACAUGUAGCCAACGGCAUUACAGAUCCUCAUCACCUUUAAAAUGUUUUAAUCGUAUACAAAGGUGUGAUGGAUAUAAAGUUAAAAAUUAUAAAAAAGACCUUCAACAUGGUCUUAAAUGGGAAAUUGAUUUGGAACUGAUUUCUGUUAAUUAUAAUAAUAAUAUCGGAUGUGGCAUUUUUGGAAAAGAUUCAAAGUAUUUAAAAGUGAUUGUAGAACAUCAGACAAAAGAUAGAUUACGUGUGAAAAUAUUUGAUCCAUAUGAUGCAAGAUUUGAAAUACCAGAUAAUAUUGUACCAAUUCCAGAUAUUGAAUUGAAUUCAGAACAAAAUCAAGAUAUCAACUACAAUUUCACAUUUACCAAAGAUCCAUUUACCUUUUCAAUUUAUCGUAUUAAUAAUAAUGGUGAUGCCGAGAAAAUAAUUGAUACAAAUGUCAAAAAUACGAAUACUCUUGUAUUCGAAGAUCAAUUUAUGGAAAUGUCAUUUGAAUUACCAGACGAUCCAUUUAUCUAUGGAUUAGGUGAAAUUGUUUAUGCUUUACGAAGAAAUCCAAAUGGAACUUUACAAACUAUUUGGACAAGAGAUGCUCCUACUCCAAUCGAUCAAAAUGUUUAUGGUGCUCAUCCAUUUUACUUAGAGAUGAGAGAUGGUAAAGCUCACGGAGUGGUCAUAGGUAGAAGUGAGCUUCCACCAUAUUGGAGUUUAGGAUAUCAUCAAUCUAGAUGGGGAUACAACAAUUUGUCGGUUUUAUCAGAUGUUGUUUCAAGAUUUCGUAAAGAAAAUAUCCCACUAGAAACAAUUUGGACCGAUCUUGACUAUAUGGAAGGUCGUUUGACAGUAUUUCCUGACUGGUUCAACAAUGAAACAGAAAUUUACUGGGGAGAUAUGAUUGAGAAAUGGUUGGAUGGUAUUAAUUUGGAUGGGCAAGUUAAAAAUUGA